GACGGUGUGUGAAUACGUGUCGUGUUCGCCUGUCUUAGUGAUCUGUGGCACCAAUGUUUGUCAGGGUAACAGUACAUGCACCCCGAACUCCUUAGGACAUUUCCAAUCCCGAUGUCAGUCGACAGUCCUCCUGCGCUGUUCCCUUGUGUUUCGUUAUCUUCGUACCCAGUCGGAACAUGUCCCGAUGUCCUCCCAGCAGCCGACGAUUCGGGCUCGCUGUCAGCAUCUGUAACAUCAUCCUAUGUGCUGGCCCAGUGUCAACACCCUGUCCCAUCACAGUGUGAUGGCCACACCAUAGGGACAUACGUUAACAACUGCUCUGUUGUCAGGUUGGAACCCCCACCCCCGGGAGAUGUGACGUCACAGGGGGCGAUAUCGUCAUCAGCGCCAGUGCUCCAUCUGGCAGAAAUGCCCGGGGGUCUCUCGAUCAGUACAACACUGAUGAACUACAUUUGUUCUGAAUACCAAGACGUAGAAGUUGGACUCUUUGUUGGCGACCCAAAGGAUCCGGUAACGGACCGCCCGGAAGUGUGUACGCCCCCGGAUACUGCCCCGGAGAACCCAAGCCUAGCGGACUCUGGGUAUGACGACUCACUCAACCUACAAUGUCUGGAGACGGUGUUGGACUGGAAGGGCGUGUCCCAGAGUCCGGGCCCCGCCCCCUUGUUCUUGUCAUCAACACUAUUACACAGCCCCGACCAUCGCGGAUUUGAAGAUUACCUGGAUGAUAUUUACUACCACCGACUCAGCAUCGAGUACAAAUACCAAGUCAACAAUUGUCUGGAAGGACAACGAGAAGUGACCCCGGGUAUGAGAGGUUUACUGAUUAGUUGGAUGACCGGUGUCCACCAUCAGCUGAUCAUGUGCCAGGACAGUUUGUUUGUCGCGGUCAAUAUCGUAGACCGGAUACUGGACAUCAUGCAUGCCUCCAGGGACUACCUCCAGCUUCUAGGCAUCGCGUCGUUACUGAUUGCCGCCAAAUGUGAGGAAGUCAGUCCACCGGAAAUAACUGAACUUUUGAGUUGCUGCACGGACACUUACUCACGUGAUCAAGUGAAGCACCUAGAGAGAGUCAUCCUGAACGCCAUUAAGUUUGAUCUGUUGGUCCCCACGCCCCAGUUUUUCCUGGAGUACUUCUCUUCCUGUUGUAUUUCACUGUUUGGGGGUUUCCAAAGUGACCGCCUCAGACAGGCGCGUGCGCAUGCGCGGUGCGUUCUGGAGCUAUCGCUGCAGGAGUACGACCUGAGCCAGGUUCGUCCGUCCCUACUGGCCCUGUGUGUGUGGAAAGUGGCCGUAGAUCUGACGCAAUGUGACGACGGAGAGUUUGUUCCACCGGGGCUGGACUUCCGGCGAGAGGAGUUCCAAAAUAUCUACACACAAGUCAGAACAUUUUCAGAAAAUUUGAAGAAGAGUUUCCCCGAGGUCAGCAGUAUUUGUGAAUAUUACUUCAACUUGUACGGAGCAGAGUAAACAGUGAAGUCAUACUUUAACGAAAUGUCACUUCUAUUCGUAUGAAGACGUAUUAGCCGACUUCUUGCAUUGCUAUGGUGCUAAAAUAUGUAUUGACAUUCUUGUCAACCUCUUUUUGUUACAUAAGACAGAUCAACUUUGUUUUGUCCCGUGAACUAUGUAAAGCAGGCUGAUAGGAAUUCUUGUUUGGCUAUAUGGAAGCACUGCACUCACACCUAUUCGUACCCCCCCCCCCCCCUAAAAAGGAAGGCGUGGUGUACAUUUUGGGGGGAGUUAGACCCCUUUAUAUGUUGUUUUUUUUUCCAGAAGAACAACAUAGAUGUUUCAUAUGAACGUUGUUUACAUAGCAGUAUACAUGUAUGAGGACGUUAUUUGCUAUGCAUUUCAUUUAUCAUUGUGUUAGCUAUUCCACUACAUGCUACAGAUCAUACGAUUAGUCCUAGAGAGGUACAGCACUGGGUAAACGUUGGUCCGGAGAAUUCUAAGUAACUGCACGUGUUCAUAAAGAAAAGGUUAGAUUGAUUACGAAAGUUUUGCAGUAAAUGUGAACAUGUUACAUAAGACUGUUGAUGAAACUCAUUGUUAAGCUAUUUAGUUAUACAUCAUUCCAGUACUUUAGAUCGGUAUAUACAUCAUUCCAGUACUAUAGAUCUGUAUAUACAUCAUUCCAGUACUAUAGAUGUGUAUAUACAUCAUUCCAGUACUAUAGAUGCGUAUAUACAUCAUUCCAGUACUAUAGAUCUGUAUAUACAUCAUUCCAGUACUAAAGAUCUGUAUAUACAUCAUUCCAUUACUAUAGAUCUGUAUAAUCAUCAUUCCAGUACUAAAGAUCUGUAUAUACAUCAUUCCAUUACUAUAGAUCUGUAUAUACAUCAUUCCAUUACUAUAGAUCCGUAUAUACAUCAUUCCAGUACUAUAGAUCUGUAUAUACAUCAUUCCAGUACUAUAGAUCCGUAUAUACAUCAUUCCAGUACUAUAGAUCCCUAUAUACAUCAUUCCAGUACUAUAUAUCUGUAUAUUUACAUUGCACUAUUAUGACAUUGUGUGUUAAUUGACAUUGUUCCAUUGCCUACUCUAGAUUUCGUCUCAUUUAUCACUUCCUGUUCUUGGUAACAUUCACAACUUUCGGUUUAUAUCAACGUCUGAUGUUCACUUCCGUCCUGCAAUUUAAACAACUGUAAUGCUACAUUGCACAUAUCUCUUUGUUUAAGUUCCAUGUGUACAAUGGUAAUUCAUGCUCGCAGUUUUUCAAAUUUGGGAAAUUCAUGUGUUAUAUUUAAGUUAAAAUUAUUACACAAAAAACCAGUGCACUUUACAGUGCUUUCUUACGUUGUUAAAUAACGUCGUACAUGUAACACCUCUGAGGCUUAAUAACCGUGUACUCAGGUUUAAUACAGUAGUUCUGUCCACUUCCGCGUUAAAUAACUGCAUUCUUCCAAUAUUUAAUAACAGUUUAAACUUCAGGUGUUCUAUUCCUUAUACACUUCCGGUGAUUGUUUAUGCCCACUUCCGGUGUAGGAUAUGAUACACACCACAUGUGUUUAUUUCCGUGUAUACCUUGGUGUUUGAUUUCUACAUUAUAUCUGAUAAUGACGUUUGGUCCUUUAUGAUGUCGUCAUCAUGAUAGAAGUUGUUCCAUUGCAUGCUGUCGAUGUAUUUGAGUGACAACGGUUGUACAUGUACUUUAUUUGAAUAUAUCGGAGUUGUAUAAUUUAUAUUCAAAAGUAAUACUGUUCAUUAUUGAA